AUGAAUGAGGAGAGGCUUAUUCAAAUUGUUGUGGCCAUUCUCAUGUCCCUGCUUUUCACCUGCAUCAACAGCAUCAUGUUUCACACUCUCAUGAGUAAGCCUGUGUUUAGAGAGCUGCCUCGCUAUAUCCUCUUUGCCCACAUGCUCUGUAAUGACACCGUUCAGUUGGUUUUGUCCCCAAUGUUUUUUCUGUUGGUUUUAUAUUGGCAGAGGAUCCCUAAGACUGUUUGUUCAAUUUUGAUUUUCUUUGCAGCAACCACGUUAAAUAUUGCUCCUUUAAACCUCGGUGUGAUGUCUCUCGAGCGCUAUGUGGCCAUUUGUUUCCCUUUACAUCACAGUGAGAUGGCCACACAGAGAAUGACGGGUAUAUCAAUUCUCAUUAUCUGGCUCCUAGGUAGCAUAAAUGCCGUGAUAGAUAUUUUAUAUGCACUGAUAGUGGAUCCAUCAUCUUUUAAAGGUACUAUGUUCUGUGCUCGAGAAAUGUUUAUUUUUUCACAGUGGCAAAAGGAUCUGUAUCAAGGGCUCAGUGGGUUUUUCUUUGUGGCAGCAACAAGCAUUAUAUUAUUCACAUAUGUCAGUGUUAUACUUGCAGCUCGAUCUGCCUCAGCGGAUAAAGAGUCUGCUAAGAAAGCUUGGAGAACAGUCCUACUGCACUUUGGCCAGUUAGUGCUGUGUCUCAACAGCCUGUUGUUUGGAACCUUUGAGAGAUCCCUUAUAAUGAUGGCCAGUGAUCGUCGUAUGUUCAUAAAUCUCCGUGUUGUGAACUUUCUAUUUGUUCUCAUUCUGCCUCGGUGCCUGAGCCCCCUGAUCUACGGCCUGAGAGACGAUCUUGUUCGGCCCUUAUUCCUCUACUAUGUCAGGUGUGGAACCCAAAAGGUCAAGCCCUCUGUAACUGCACACUGA